AUGACUAUCAACUAUGGACAGGGCACACCGUCGGCCCCCAGCAGAGGGUACCAAUUGUAUAUAACUGCCUUGGUCAUGGUUUUAGUUGCUGCUCUGUUUGUCUUUGCGCGCAUUUUCUCGAGAAUCGCCACAAAGCGGGUUGGGCUAGAUGACUAUCUGGUCAUUGCUGCGCUGGUAUCUUCGGUAUUCUUGACAGCGAGCAUCAACCUAGGCAGGUUUUCCAUCGCUCAGUCCACCGUCAGCCUUGACUUGACGUCGGCGGAUAAGAAGCUUGCUCUGAAGUGGUUUUUUAUAGCCCAGCCUCUCUACAAGUUAGUCCUCGGAUUCACAAAAGCCGCAAUCGUAUGUCUUUACAUUCGAAUUUUCGUCUCAAAGCUAUUCCAGCGUGUAUGCCGCGGCGUGCUGCUUGCGGUGACGAUUUGGGCCGUCGCUGCUCUCUUGGCGACCAUUUUCCAAUGCCUUCCGAUUGAAGCAUCCUGGGACAAGUCAAUCGCCCACAAAUGUAUAAACAAGAAUGCGUUUUGGUAUGGCUUUGCGGUGACAAAUACAUCCCUCGAUUUCAUACUAUUGUUGUUACCAAUUCAGCCUGUGUUGAAACUCCAUCUCCACUGGAAGGAAAAGGUCGGCUUACUGGGAGUAUUUGCCCUGGGAACUUUCGUAUGUAUUACGAGCAUCAUUCGAACCACUGCCGUUGCGCAAACCACGACCGGUCCAAAAAAAGAUAUCACCUGGGACUUCAUCCCCCGUUCUGUAUGGACGUUGGUUGAGGCAAAUACGGGUAUAAUAUGCGCUUGUCUGCCUAUUCUGAAGGGGCCGCUUGGUCGCCUUUUCCCCCGUCUAUUCCACCUAUCCACUGGCAAAGGUACCAACAAUCGAUACGGUUCUGGACGUGUGAACUCCUAUGUUCUUCAGCACCGAGCCGGCCACGAAGUGAGUGGGAACCAAGUUACGAACAUCAGCACUGGGGCCGGAAGAAAGGGGGCGGAGAGCGGGGAUCCUUAUUCUAGGAGAAGCAGCGAAGAGUACAUUAUUGACUCGAAAGACAAUCACUCGCGAGAUGGGAUGGAGCCAGGAAUAAUGAUGAAGAGAGAGAUUGAUGUCUCAUAUGAAACUGAGGCAGAAUCAUCGCGGUCCCUUAAGCAAACAGAUGAAAGAUUAUGA